CACACACGCACAGCGAGAGCGAGGGAGACGCGCGCACUAGGAGAGCCGCCACGCGCCCGCGCGCCUCGGACCGGGGACUCGUAUCGAACCGCUCGCGCUUCUUUCUUCUUUGAUCUCUCCAGACCCGGGUGUUUCUCUCCAAUGACGCGCGAUUUGAUGCCGUGAAAGUCUUCAACUUGAACAACACCGGCUCGUUUUUGUCCGCCAUGAGCUGCUUGGAUGUCAUGUACCAAGUGUACGCGCCGCCGCAGCCUUACUUCACCCCAACUUACAGCCCGUACCACCACCACCACCAUCAUCAUCCUCAUCCUCACUCUCACCACCAGAAAUUGGCUUUCUAUUCAAAAAUGCAAGAAGAACCCGUAAGUGGAGCGAACUCUUUCUCCAGCCAUCCUGCGCCCACUAUUAAAGAGGAGGACUGUGCGCCGGAGAAGGAGCAGCCCCCUGAGGCUGAGUACAUCAGCUCACGAUGCGUCCUCUUCACCUACUUCCAGGGAGACAUCAGCUCAGUAGUAGACGAGCACUUCAGCCGUGCCCUGAGCCAGACCAGCAGCUACGGCUCUGCUUCAGCCAGCGGCAACAAAAGCUCACGAGGGGCCGCGUCCUGGAAAGACGGAUCAUUCCCAAUGAGCCAGCGCAGUUUCCCUCCUUCUUUCUGGAACAGCGCGUACCAGCCGUCAGUCACGGCAUCUUUAAGCACCGCUCUGGGCGCGUCGCACUCUGACCUGCCCUUCCCUGGUGACCCGUACUCCAGCGCCUCGUUACACAGCCACCUCCACCAGGCGGCGCCGGAAUCCUGGCACCCAACACACCACCACCACCAUCAUCCGUACCCGCUCGGCGCCCAGAGCUCGGCUUAUCCUCGGCCCUCGGUGCACGACAUGUACGGGACGCACUUUGACCCGCGGUACAGCUCUCUCCUAGUUCCCUCGGUACGGCCGCACAGACUGCCACCGUCCACGGUGCCCGCUCCCGGACCCUCACCGUGUGACAUCAGCAAGAGCGACCCAGCCAGCUCGGCAUGGACCGGACCUUUCACUGGGACGGGAUCGGACAUGGGACAGAGUCUCAGCCUGAACGUGGACGCAGGUCUGCAAAACCAGGAUAAAACCAAGGACUUGUACUGGUUUUAGUGGCCUGCCUGCCUGCCUGCCUGCCUGCCUGCUCCAGCUUCGGCUGAUCUCUGUCUGUCUGUGCCUUGUGCUUAGGUCACAGCAGGCUUGUUGUGUUUUUUUUUUCUUCUUCUUCUUCGUCUUCUUCAUCUUCUUCCCUGUAACAGAUUGUGAUCUCACUUGCAGCUCGGCGCUACACACUCUGCAGCGGCGGCAUCCUGAGCUGAAAUCGCACCACAGUGGAUAAACCUAAAGGCUUUGGCAGCAGAGACAGAGACAGAGACAGAGACAUGUUGGAGGGAAGGCCGUCCAGAAAUACACGCCGGUUGUGGUGUGACCGGCAACUGUUCUCUCCGGAGCAGACACAUGUCCGAGAGAAAUGAAAAAGACGAACAAGCGCUUCAUUCUGGGACGUGUGAGAACUGAGACACAUCGGAACGUCCUUCACAACAGGGACCACAUCCAGCGUCGAAGACAGGACAGGGUCGUAUUGCGACUUUUUUUUUUCUUUCUUUCUUUUUAGAAACAGUAGACUGAUGAGAGAGCAGCAUUCUCUGUUGUUGUAUAUUAGCGAAGAGACCGGAGGCUAUUUGAAGCCACUUGACUCUAUCUAUAUUGCUCUCGACAGCUGUCGUCAACAACUGGCUUGGAGCUCAGGACACACACAGAAAUCACAGCGUCGCUCUGCACUGCUUCUCGGCUCGGGAGUUUUUUUUUUUUCUUUCUUCUAAUAAAAGGAACGUUUUGUUAAACAAACCCGCGUGGAAACAAGUGGUUUGUGAGUUUAGGAUAAACAAGGGGAAGAGUUGACAUUUGAAGAGUUGAAGUGCCGGCAGAUGGACAGACACCUACACACACACACACACACACACACACACACACAGUUGCAUUGUUGCUGUAUAUACUGGACUUGUCCGAAUGUGAAGUCGGCUCAUUGUUGUGAACACGCAGCCAAAUAAACCUGCGGUUCGGGUUUCAGUCAUCACUGGCUCAGUAGCCUGGUUAACACGCAGCCCUAGAACUUCCAAAUAUAAAGAAAGAAUCGACAUCAAAGCGCACGGGUUUUGAUGUGCACCAAGGCCAGUUCGAUUUCAUUCUGCUCUAUACUCCAUACUCUAUAACUUGA